AUGCGUUCACAUUUUUUCAUCGUCAUUAUUUUUUUCAUUUUUCAUUUUUAUUUAUUCACAUUCUUUCAUUAUUUCUUUUUCAUCUGUUUUCAUUCUUUCUUUGUUCUCAUUUUUUGUUCUUACUUUUUUCCUGACUUCCAUUCAUUCAUUCUCUUUUUCAUUUUUCCAUUUUAUUAUUUUCCUCAUUUUUUUAAUGGCUUUUAUUCUUUCAUUCUUUUUUAUUGCUUCUUCUUUAAUUUCCUCAUUUUAUUUCUUCUUCCUCUUUCAUUCCCCCGUUUUAUGCCUUCUCAUUUUUUUUUUUUUGUUAUUUCUCAAUUGUUUAUUUCAUCUUUUUCGUUUCUUUUCAUUCCUCCAUUCAAUUAUUUAUUCUCAAUUAUUUAUUCUCAUUUUUUAAUCGCUUUUAUUCUUUUUUUAUUUUUUCUCCUAUCAUUCCCCCUUUUUAUUUCUUCACGUUCUUUCAUUCUCUCUUUUUCAUGCGUGCUCAUUCUUUUAUUAUUUCAUAAUCUUUUAUUAUCUCUUUUUCAUUCUUCCAUUUCAUUUCUUAUUUGUUCUUAUAUUUUAUUCUCAUUUUUUAUUUCUCAUUCUUUCUUUUUUGUUAUUCUUUUUCCUUUUCUUUUGUUUUUAUUAUUCCUCUCUCUCUCUCUCUCUCUCUCUCUCUCUCUCUCUCUCUCUUUCCUAUUUUUUCUCAACGUUAUCUCCUGUGUAACUCGUUCUAUUUUAUUUCUCCAUUCUCCUUUUUUUCUUUAUUUUCUAUCGCUCUAUUUUUCUUCUCUAUCUUUAUUAUCCUCUAUUCUUCUCUCGCUUCUACUUGACUUCUCUUAUUUGCUCUGUUUUUCUCUCUUCUUUCGUCUCUUCAUCUCUCCCUCUAUUUUCUCUCAGUUUUGUAACGCGUGA